GUUGUAAGUGUAAGCAUGUGGAGGGUAAACACAGAGAGAUUUUUCUCACAAUCCUCUCAAUGUGGUUGAGGAAGCAGUAUUGUCUGUGGCUCCCGGGCUUUAAACUCACAGUGGGAUAUGACUAUUAUGUUGUUCCACACAUUUUACCCCCUUUAACUUUUUGUUCCCCUCUUCCUCCCCAGUGUUUCCCCCUCUGGCUCUGGGAAAGCAGCAGUUUAAGGGGGGAAAAACAAGCGUGUAGCGCCACGAAACAGACCUGACCUCAGUUACUGGAACUAAGCAAGGUGCUGUUUUUAAAGAGUCUCCAAAGUGUGGGUGUCUGACACAACAUGAACACCACGGACCUAGGCUCCAACUUCACCUUCCCCUUCACCUCGAACGCGGACGUCACUCUGUCCAGCCUGACCACCGCCACCAUCACCACCAACACCACCGCCGUUGUCGUCUCCCCCACCGCCCCACAGCCUCCGUUCUACUCUUCAGAAGUGCACGAUCCAGAAUUCACCAUCAUCGUGGUGCUGGGCUUAUCGCUGCUGCUGGCCGGACUGGCGGCCUUCCUGGCGGUGUGCCGGCCGUCCGAACGGGACGGGAACUCCGGGGCGAGCUGCGCACCCGGCGAGGGCCUGACUCGCGGGAGGAACGUGUCCAGCGAGCCGCAGCUCAAGGUGUGGAAGAGGCUGGGCUCGUAUCGGCGCACGUACAAUCUCUCCUUCAGGCGGCCGCCGCAUCGCAGGCCACACGAACGCCACAGCUCGCGUGUUUCUCAGCCUCCGACUCCACAGACGGUGCAGCCGGCAGCCAGCACGGAGCCGCAGCUCACCGUGCCCUGCCUGUUCGACUAUGUGACUGAAAUCUGACUCUGUGGACCUUCUGCGGGAUGAACGGCGGAUCCCUUCAUACACUGUAUUUUAUGGUUGUCGCUGUG